AUGAUGUUCAAAAGCACUCUUUUGGCCGUUGCUGCUACCGUUGGCUUGUCAGAUGCUCUGGGCAUCAACUGCCGAGGCAGUGGACUUUGUGUCGGAAACAAAGGCGCUUUCAGCCAACUCGUUGCCCAAGUCAGGGCCAUCGAUCCUAACAAGACUUUCAGAGAUGGGGAACAUAUCACCUGCGUUGACAUCAACCAGAUUGGUAACCACCCAACCAUUUGCGCGUUCUACCAGAACAUCGGAGACCGAACCUUCUCUGUUUCUCAGACUCAGACAUACCUCCAGUGGAUCCUCGACCAUGGCUGCAAGCUUUGCGGCAGCGUCCCAACCGACGAUGGCAACAAUGUCGCCAACGGACAGCUGACUGUCAACGUCGUCAUCAACCCUACCAAACGCGACGCACCGCAAAGUCCGUCAGGCCUUGAGAAGCGAGGCGACAAGCACCUUUUUAAGCGUCUGGGUAUCAACUGCCGUGGUAGCUCUAGUUGUGGAGUUGGGGGUAUCUUUCACACGCCUAAUGGAGACUUGAAGGAUGUUCGCGAUGCUGUUGCUUCCGGUGAGGAGGGCAACUUUGGUAAUGGUGAUCAUAUCGCAUGUAUCCCCUUUGCUUUUGGACAACUCUGUUCUUUCUACCAGGGUAUUGGUAGUCGAUUUUUCACCAAGGAGCAGUCUGUCACAUUUCUCGACCAACUCAGACAGCAUGGAUGUUCCAAGUGUGGUAGCAUUCCUGUUGAUUCUGGCAAUGACGUCAAUAACGGGCAACUUACUGUCAAUUACGUAGCAUAA